AUGGGAAAGACCAAUACGCAAAGCAGUGUCAAGCAGACCACGCUCAGCUCCUUCUUCGGCGUGCCCAAGAAGGGGCCGGCACCACCCAAGCCUCCAACGCCGGCACCAUCCAAGGUGAGCCGUGCGCCGGCAGCGUCAUCACCGCCGUCCUCGUCGCUCAACACCCCGCCGUCGGAUCCCAUCGACUCGCCCUCCCUGCCUUCCCUUCCCAAGCGAACGAGGAAGGAGCCAACCAUUGUCGACGUUGACGAUGACCCUCUCACUCCCCCGCCUGCUGUGGAGUCUCCCAAGAAGCCCGCACCGGUGAUGGAUGAGCCGAUGGAUGUCGACGAUGACGACGGGUCCCCGCUUGUGUCUAGACGUAGAGCCAAACGAAGGGUCGUGUACGUUGAGUCAGACGCGUCUAGCGAUGAAGACGCCACUAAGGCGAAUAGCCGCAAGCCGCGGAAGACCCUCAGGACCGACAACUCUGACGACGAGUUCGUCUUCGACGCGAACGACGACGCCGCGAUGGCUGCGGCCGCCGACGAGUACGACGCCAUUAUCUCGGACGCCCCUUCUCCAUCUAUCGCAUCCGCCUCGUCCCGCUCCAUGUCACCCGUUAAGCAGCCCGCACGGAGGAAGGGUGGAUUCACCGCGCCGAAGUCUGUCCCUAAGAAGGCGACUACCUCUUGGAACAGCUCCGGUGACUCGACGCCGCUGUCUUCCUCGUCUCGUGCCGCGCCUGCAGUGUCGCGUACGGGCUCCUCAGGCGGUGGCGCCAACCUCUUCCUGACGGCAGCGGAACGGAAAAAGAUCCAGGCCAAGGAGGACAAGCGCGAGUCCGAAACCUGCUUCUCUUUCCUCAACGACGUCAAGGACAAGGACGGCAACCGACCAGACGACCCGGAAUACGACCCUCGGACCAUCUACAUCCCAAGCAGAGCGUGGCGUGAGUUCACGCCCUUUGAGAAGCAGUUCUGGGAGAUUAAGCAGAACCAUUACGACACGGUUCUCUUUUUCCAGAAGGGCAAGUUCUACGAGUUGUACGAGAACGACGCGAUGAUCGGACACCAGGAGUUCGACCUCAAGCUAACCGAUCGCGUCAAAAUGAAGAUGGUCGGUGUGCCUGAACAGACGUUCGAGUUCUGGGCCGCAAAGUUCCUCGCAGCGGGCUACAAGGUCGGCAAGGUCGAACAAGCCGAGACUGCCAUUGCUAUGGAGAUGCGCACCAAGGGUGGCGGCAAGGAAAUUGUGCGCCGUGAGCUCGCGCAGGUGUUCACCAACGGCACCAUCGUCGAUAGCUCCUAUUUGACCUCUGACGAGGCCAACCAUUGCGUGUCUAUCAAGGAGUACACUGGCGAUGCUAGUACGCCCUCUGCUUUCGGUAUUUGCGUCAUGGACGCGUCGACUGGCGAGUUUAACCUCACCGCGUUCGAGGAUGACAUCUGUCGCACGCGCCUCGAGACCAUGUUCCGCCAGAUCCGUCCCAAGGAGCUUGUUUUUGCGAAGGGCAACCUCUCUGUGCCAACGACACGCUUACUCCGCAACAUCCUUCCCUCAAGCACCCUGUGGCAGUCGUUCAAGCUCGACCGGGAGUUUAUGUCCAAGGAGGACACUGUUGAAGCUCUCAAUGAGAUAUUCUCUUCCGAUGACUGCCCAGAGCCCGAGCUCCCUGAAGCGAUCGCAAGCAUGAUGGACCAGUCUCUGGCCAUGGAGGCGCUCGGCGGCAUGAUCUUCUACCUCCGCUCCCUCAACCUCGACAAGGACCUCAUUUCGCAGAAGAACUUCAACAUCUACGACCCAAUCCGGAACGGCAAGAGCCUCGUGCUGGACGGCCAGACGCUUGCCCACAUGGAGGUGCUUAUGAACAACGAGGGCAGCGAAGCGGGAACUCUACUCAGCCUGCUCCAGCGCUGUUUGACGCCCUUUGGGAAACGGCUCUUCCGAAUCUGGCUCACAGCACCAUUGAGGGACGUGAAGGCGAUCAAUGAGCGCCUCGACGCGGUUGACGAUCUGAUUUCGAACCCUGGCUUUACUGGGCAGUUUACGCAGCUCGUCAGAGGCAUGUCGGACCUCGAGCGCCUCGUCUCGCGUAUCCACGCGGGCUCUAUUCGCCAGGCUGACUUCCUCAAGGUUGUGGACCAGUUCAACAACAUCCAGGUGGCGAUGGAUAGACUUGUUGCCGACGCUGAGCAGUUCGACUCCUCGAGCGUCCUCGGCCUCCUCCGCAGCGCGCCCGACCUGUCUGCGACGAUUGCCCACAUCAAGUCAAUGUAUGAAACUGAGAAGACUGACAAGACGAUUACGAUUCUGCCUAGGCCAGGCGCUGAUCCCGACUGCGACGAGGCUGACGAGGCUGUCCAGGAGAUUGAGGACAAGUUUGAGUCGCUCCUGCCACAGAUGAUGAAGACGUUGAGCACCCGUGACGUGGAAUACUGGCACAGUGCGCAAGGCAACAAGGAGAUCUAUCAGCUGCUAGUGCCAACAAGUGCAAGCGCCAAGGUGCCCAAGAACUGGACCAAGUGUGGUGGGACAAAGAAGCAAUCCCGCUACAUCACGCCACAGACCCAGCCCAUCAUCCGCGAGAUGCAGGAGGCGCGAGAGACACAGGCUACGGCCAAGAAGAACUUCUUCCGCAAGCUCCUCGCCGAGUUUGAUCGCGACCGCACUGUGUGGCUUAGCAUGGUCCGUGUCAUUGCCGAGCUGGACUGCCUCGUGUCCCUCGCCAAAGCGUCGUUCGACAUGGACGAGCCCAAGUGCCGUCCAGAGUUUGUCGAGACGGAGCAGGCGUUCGUUGACUUUGGUGACCUGCGGCAUCCGUCGAUGUGUCUCCAGCGAGACUUCAUCGCGAACGACGUGCAGCUGGGUGGUGACGUCGCGCGCACGACUCUGCUCACUGGCCCCAACAUGGCCGGUAAGAGUACUCUCCUGCGCAUGACCGCCGCCGGCGUCAUCAUGGCGCAGCUCGGCUGCUAUGUCCCCGCAGCGCAUGCUCGUUUGAGCCCAAUUGAUAAGAUCCAGACGCGUAUGGGCGCGUAUGACAACAUGUUCGCCAGCGCUAGCACCUUCAAGGUCGAGCUGGACGAGUGCUCGAAGAUCCUUCGCGAGGCAGGACCCAAGUCACUUGUGAUUUUGGACGAGCUUGGCCGUGGAACAUCGACUUUCGACGGUAUGGCCAUUGCUGGUGCUGUUCUGCACCAGCUGGCUACGCACACUUUGCCGCUCGGAUUCUUCGCGACCCAUUACGGCUCGCUGACCGACGACUACGCAUACCACCCCAAUAUCCGCAACAUGCACAUGCAGGUGCACGUCGACGACUCUGACGGCGUUGUGUUCCUGUACAAGCUCAUCAAUGGGCAUGCGGAAUCAUCACACGGCACUCACGUUGCCAAGCUCGCCGGCGUUCCUCAGAACGUCAUUGCACGUGCAGACGAAGUGUCGGCACAAUUCUUCCAGGCAUUCCAGGAGAAGCUCAAGUCGAGGCGGCAGAGUGCGCUGCCACUUCCGGCACAGGCCGACUUUGCGUGGUUGGUCAAGCUGGCCACAGGUGGAGUAGAGGAGACGACUGCGACUGUUGCGCAGCAGUUGGACGUCGUGUGCCGCGCGGCAGCGAAGUACGAGUAUGCAGCGUGA